GGCAUCAUCAGACCGUGGAAUAAUCGAAGUGAACACACAAACACUCUCUCUCUCUCUCUCUCUCACACGAGCGAGGUAGCUUUCUAUAUAUUCCAUGGCGGCCACUACUAAUUUGAAAGUUAUCUUUUUUUAUUCUUUUCCGCUUUGAUAUCAGGGAAAUCUUUCUUUCUUUUUGAUUCUGGAGAAAAUCAAACUCCUUGCAUCUUUUACAGUUUCAUCAAUCUAUCCGAAGCCAGCCAAAAUCCCAUCUUAGAGAAAGAAUCUCUCUCUCUCUCUGGAAAAGCUUUUGGGGUCCUUUCGUGAAAGAAAUAAAGGACCCCACAUGCAGCAUAAACCCCUCGCAAACCAUUCAAACCACUGAAAAAUCUCAACCGGGUUUGGUAAAAGCUUCCUUGAUGAUGAACAGCUAACAUUUUGCUGAAUGGGUUGGCUUAGCAAUUUUUUUAAAGGUUCAAGCCACGAAAAUUCAGAAGGGCAAUAUGAUUGGAGAUAUGGAGCUGAAACGAUCAGGAAUCAUCCUUCUAAUUCAUUGGAUGAAUGGUCCGAGAUUGAAGAUAUAGAUCACGCAAUUGCAAUAUCCGUUUUAGAGGAUCAGAAAAGGGAAGAAGUGAUUGAUAACGAGUACCAAUUGGAAGAGGAUGAGCAAUUUGCCAGAGCUCUACAAGAAAGCUUGAAUUUUGAGACUUCACCACCCCGACAUGAAAAUGAAAAUGAAAGCGGAAGCGGAAGCGGAAAUGGAAAUGGACUCAUUCUUCAGCCUAUACCUUUCCCCUAUUCAACAGGAUUCAGGGUCAGUGGUAAUGUAUUUCCAUUGUCUUGGAAUGAUGUUUGUGGCAAAUCAGUUAUAGGUUUCACUCUUGGUAACUUCAACAGAGAAGAUGUCCAUACAAUACUUUAUCUUAUAGUUUCAUUUCACUUUUUUGGUAGGAUAUGUGCAGGUUGUAACUCUGGUAUCGGUCAUGGACGAUUUUUAAGUUGCAUGGGUGCAGUUUGGCAUCCAGAAUGUUUCCGAUGCCAUGCUUGCAACCAACCUAUAUCUGAUUACGAGUUCUCUAUGUCUGGAAACUAUCCUUAUCACAAAUCUUGCUACAAGGUGUAUUAUCUCCCAAAAUGUGACGUUUGCAAGCACUUUAUUCCAACAAAUGCAGCUGGUCUUAUUGAAUAUAGGGCACAUCGUUUUUGGUCCCAGAAAUACUGCCCUUUUCAUGAGCAUGAUGGAACUCCUCGGUGCUGCAGCUGUGAGCGGAUGGAGCCACAGGACACAGGGUAUGUUGCCCUUGAUGAUGGUCGGAAGCUCUGUCUGGAGUGCCUGGACUCAGCAAUCAUGGAUACCAAUGAGUGUCAACCCCUUUAUCUUGAUAUACAAGAAUUUUACGAAGGUUUAAAUAUGAAAGUCAAACAGCAAGUUCCAUUACUCUUGGUGGAGAGGCAAGCAUUAAAUGAAGCCAUGGAUGGAGAGAGGAAUGGCCAUCAUCACAUGCCUGAAACCAGAGGCCUUUGUCUUUCGGAGGAACAAACUGUCAGCACUAUUUUGAGGCGGCCAAGGAUAGGGGCUGGAAAUCGAGUCGUAGGCAUGAGAACAGAGCCGUAUAAGCUGACGCGGCGGUGUGAGGUGACUGCAAUUCUCAUUUUAUAUGGCCUUCCUAGGUUGCUGACUGGAUCAAUCCUGGCUCAUGAGAUGAUGCAUGCCUGGCUGCGUCUUACAGGUUAUCGAACAUUGAGCCUAGAUGUUGAAGAAGGUAUCUGUCAGGUGCUAGCUCACAUGUGGUUAGAAUCCCAGAUAAUGUCUUUAUCGGGGAGUAACGUUCCAUCAACCUCAUCAUCCUCUUAUGCUUUCACAUCAUCAACACACAGUGCAAGAUCUCCAUUUGACAGGAAGCUGGGGGAGUUUUUCAAGCACCAAAUCGAAACAGAUAUUUCACCGGUGUAUGGAAACGGAUUCAGAGCUGGUAAACAUGCAACACUUAAGUAUGGACUUGAAAUGACCUUGGACCAUAUUCGGAUGACCGGGACAUUCCCUUAUUGA